GUCAUAAACUCGAGACGUCUACCACCAAAAUAAACCCUUCAGCCAUGAUCGGCUCUUUAUCCAUCCGAACUGCUUUGAUUUAAGGCUGAAAAUGAUUUCUCUAAACUACAUCCUCCUGGGCGGACAGUUCCUUCUGCUCUUGACCGUCAUUUUGUUACAAUGUUUAGAUGGGAUUCACUCACAAAACUCCACCACCACAGCAGCAGAGACCCAGACCUCCACCUCCACAGCGGGGCACACGGCUACGAUGCUGCCGUUCAGCGAGCAGCCCUCCGUGGUGAUCCAAUACGAGAUUCCCACGGAGAACACGACCCAAGCGGAGUACGAGUAUAAGCCCCCGUCCCCCGUGGUCCUCUGCAGUUAUCUCCCUGAGGAGUUCAUCUACUGCCAGGACCCAGUGGACCACGCAGGGAACUACACAGCUCUACAGGAACUGGGCCAUGGCUGUGUCGGGUGGGGAGGUCAGACUGAGAAGGAGGUGAACCACACUCCGGUGAUCUGCAUGGCUCUAGAUGACAUUGAGUGUGCCGGACCCAGAGAGUUCCUCCGAGGACAUGUCCCCUGCAUCAAGUACACGGGUCACUACUUCAUCACCACGCUCCUGUACUCCUUCUUCUUGGGCUGCUUUGGAGUGGACCGCUUCUGCCUGGGUCACACUGGCACUGCUGUGGGGAAGCUGCUGACCUUGGGAGGUCUGGGCAUCUGGUGGUUUGUGGACCUCAUCCUGCUCAUCACUGGAGGUCUCAUGCCCAGUGACUACAGCAACUGGUGCACCUACUACUAAGUACACUGAAAAGUACGCAAAGAGUUCAAGGAUUUGAGUUUACUGAUGAGGUUUAUACUGUAAAUACAGGACAAGGACUAUUUAUGACGGACUAUCUGAAGAAUAACCACAUAUCAUACACAUGUGCAAUAGGUAACUUUUUCCGGUGUGGGGUCCUCUACCUGCUAGUCUAGAAUGUUCCGCAGUAUGGAAUUAAGCGUAUCCAGCUUGCAUUUAUUCAACAGGUGGUUUUAUGGCUACAAAUGAAUACCGUGAAAAACAUCCAUAGCUCUGACCUGUAACGUGCCCCGAUAACACUGUACUGUGAGAUAUUUCAGGUAAAGCAAUAACAUCUCCAUGGAGACAAGCGGGUGGCGCAACCUCCACAAGGAAAGUUACACAGUGCACCUUUAAAGAUAUAUGUAAGAUAUUGGGAUAUACUGUAUUAUACUGUAUAUAUUGUUUUGUGGUUAUUUUGUCAUCCAUUUGCUGUGCCCUAAGUCAAUACAGGUCUACUGGAUUGUGAUAUCUUGUCGUUCGAAUAUAAUUAUAAUUUACUAGUUCAACUAUAAAGGAUUUUUUUAACCACUUGUUCAUUGCUGUAAAUGUAAGAACGUUAUCUCAUCAACUUUCAUUUAAUCCCGUUUUAAAUACUGUAUUUUUUUGUUAAUAAACAGUUAGGUGCUCUUUUACCCACUUCAGAAACAUAAAUAAAUACAACAUUUUCUGUAAUAACACUCUUCACUCUGUAAGAUUUGACCUGGUUAUCCUUUG